AAGUAUAACAGAGAGGACAACCAAUGGAUCGGACUUAUUAGCUCGCAAAUCUUGAACUGGCCAACGACUUCCCGGCGUCUUCGCCCUUUCCCUCGCAAGCUCGCCUAAGGGUGCUUAGGGUUUGGAUCUUCUGAUCUAAUCCACUCCGAUAGCAGUCGCCCGAGGGAACACGGCUAGGUUUUCGUUCCUAGUCGGGAGUCCGGUCUAUGAUUUCAGUUUUGCGUCUUUGUCGGGAUUUCUAGUCCAGUCCAGUCCAGUCUCUUUGGCAACAACUGGAACAUCCGAAUAGAACCAAUUGUGUCGAGGGAGCUCAACAUGGUUGAUUUAGUUGAUGAGGUCCGUGCAUAGCUUACCAUGAAAAGAAGAUGCUGCAAAGAUAGGCAUUGUUUGUAUGUUGGCAACUAUAUGGAAGUGCAAUAACAUGCCGAACAAGAACACCCUCACUCUUGGCCAUCAUAUAUGCGGAUCAGUGGUUCUCAGAAAUGAUAGAUGUUGAGUAUUAUUCAUGAAGAAGUGCCUCAAUUGGUGGUGUUUGGGGACUGUAUCACUGAGCAUGGGCCAUAGAGUGAUGAUAAAUUUGAAGAGUUUCCUUGGGAAUGAUGGCAAUUGGUGGAACUCUUGUAUCGUUUCUCAUGUCUUAGACAGCUUCAGAUCAUCAAGGGAUUGGCAGCAAUUAAGAAAUGAUGAUACACGUAGGGUUAGCCUUAGAUCAACCUAUGAUGCUCAUAUGGGUGGGUUCUGUAGCGUCUACCAAUAUGUUAGAAUAUCAUUUUGAUGGUAUUGAUGAAGAGUUUGGAGGAGCAGAUGGUGGAGCAGCAUCUAGAAGAAGCCAGUCAUCGCAGAGUGGAUAACAAAGAGAGGGAGCAACCUAGACUGGGCAAGAUGUGCUGAAGGAUUUAUUGCAGGGCCGGACUUGCUGGCCGCCCAGUCCACAGACGUCCGUUCGCGGGAGCCACACAAACUGUUUUCUUUAGCCCCCACUUGAUUGGGUUCCGUGAACCAGUGGAUACGCGAUCCGUCAUUACCGAUCGACCCGCCGCCAGUAUCGCGGGUCGCAUUCGGGUGCCGCACGAAGCCAAAGAGCAAGCCGCCGUAGCGGGCGUUACGUUCGACAGGUGAGACGCAUCGGCGGGCGACGGUAACCAAGCGCGACGUCUUUCGGGGGGGGCAUUCUGGGUAUCUUGCUCCGCUACGACUCUGCUUUCGACGCCGGUGCCACCCCGCCAGUACUCAGUUGCGAGUUGGAAGGAGACGAAGGCCGCCCUUAUAACCACCCUCCUCUCCUCCCGUCUCGUCUCUCCCACUACCGACGACCAUUCACUGUUCUCUCUCUCCUUGUCCUCUCUCUCUCUCUCCCUCCCAACCCUGAGAGAGAGAGGGAGAGAGACUUCGCUGCUUCGAGUCCAUCCCGAUCCGCCACGAUGCGGUCAGGAUCGGCGAAGCCCUCGCCGCUCGAUCUCCUGUCGGCCAUCCUCCGCGGCGAUGGCCUCCCUCCUGGGACCGGCGCGGCGGCAGCGAUCGCCGAGAACCAGCAGCUCCUCGCCAUCCUUACCACCUCUGUCGCCGUGCUUGUUGGGUGCGCGUUCAUGUUCUUCUUCCGACGAUCGCUCGGCAAGAAACCGCCCUCGCUGCCGAAGCCGCUGGUGGUGAAGGUCCAGCCUGAGGCGGAGGUUGACGACGGGAAGAAGAAGGUCACUGUCUUCUUUGGUACGCAGACCGGGACGGCGGAGGGGUUCGCUAAGGCGCUCGCGGACGAGGCUAAAUCGCGAUACCAUAAUACCGCAUUUAAAGUGGUUGAUCUGGAUCAAUAUGCUGCUGACGAUGAUGAGUACGAGGAGAAGAUGAAAAAAGAGACCUUAGCUUUGUUCUUCAUGGCCACGUACGGAGAUGGAGAGCCUACUGAUAAUGCUGCACGGUUCUUCAAAUGGUUUACGGAGGGGAAAGAGAGAGAAAAUUGGCUAGAAAAUCUUCAGUUUUCUGUGUUUGGCUUGGGCAACCGACAAUAUGAGCAUUUCAAUAAGGUUGCUAAGGUGGUUGAUGAAAUGCUUGCUAACCAAGGUGGAAAGCGUAUUGUUCCCCUGGGCUUGGGUGAUGAUGAUCAGUGUAUUGAGGAUGACUUCACUGCAUGGAGGGAACUUCUCUGGCCAGAGUUGGAUCAGUUGCUUCGGGAUGAAAAUGAUGUUUCAGGUGCAUCUACUCCUUAUAUGGCUGCUGUUCCUGAAUACCGAAUUGUCUUUGUCAAGCCUGAAGAAACUUCUUACCUUGAAAAGAGUUGGAAUCUUGCAAAUGGCCAUGCUAGUCAUGAUAUACAUCAUCCAUGCAGGGUUAAUGUGGCUGUGCGGCUGGAGCUUCAUAGUCCAGCUUCAGAUCGAUCCUGCAUCCAUUUGGAGUUUGAUAUUGCUGGCACUGCUCUUACGUAUGAAACGGGAGAUCAUGUUGGGGUAUUUGCAGAGAAUUGUAUUGAGACUGUAGAGGAGGCUGAAAGGUUGUUAGGUUAUUCACCAGACACAUUUUUCUCAAUCUCUGCUGACAAGGAGGAUGGUACACCACUUGGAGGAGGCUCUUUAUCACCUCCUUUCCCGUCUCCGUGCACCUUAAGAACUGCACUUGCUCGAUACGCUGAUCUUCUAAAUUCACCCAAAAAGAGUGCAUUAGUUGCCUUAGCUGCACAUGCUUCAGAUCCCAGUGAAGCUGAGCGACUUAGAUUUUUGGCUUCCCCAAUUGGAAAGGAUGAAUAUUCUCAAUGGGUUGUUGCUAGUCAAAGGAGUCUCCUAGAAGUUAUGGCUGAAUUUCCCUCUGCAAAGCCUCCACUAGGAGUCUUCUUUGCUGCAAUCUCCCCCCGGUUGCAGCCUAGAUAUUAUUCAAUAUCAUCUUCUCCAAGGAUGGCACCAACUCGAAUACAUGUGACGUGUGCAUUAGUACACGAGAAGUUACCAACUGGGAGGAUUCAUAAAGGGGUCUGUUCAACUUGGAUGAAGAAAUCUAUUCCAUUGGAAGAGAGCCAAGAUUGCGGCUGGGCUCCUAUAUUUGUGAGACAGUCAAACUUUAAACUGCCUGCAGAUCCUUCUCUGCCCAUCAUCAUGAUUGGGCCAGGCACAGGGUUGGCACCCUUCAGAGGCUUCUUGCAGGAGAGGGAGGCAUUAAAAGAGUCUGGUGUGGAGCUUGGUCAUGCUAUUUUUUUCUUUGGAUGUAGGAACCGCAAAAUGGACUUCAUCUAUGAGGAUGAGUUGCACAAUUUUGUUGAUAGAGGAGUACUGUCUGAGUUGAUUGUUGCCUUCUCUCGUGAGGGUCCAACCAAGGAAUAUGUGCAGCAUAAAAUGACUGAAAAAGCAUCCAGUGUUUGGAAUAUCAUCUCCCAAGGUGGUUAUGUUUAUGUGUGCGGCGAUGCUAAGGGUAUGGCUAGAGAUGUUCACAGGGUUCUUCACACUAUAGUCCAAGAGCAGGGAUCUCUUGAUAGCUCCAAGACCGAGAGUUUAGUGAAGAGUCUACAAAUGGAAGGGAGAUAUCUGAGGGAUGUGUGGUGAGAUGCUCCUUGUUGUUUCCCCCUUUUUUUGUUGGGGGAGGGGAGGUGGGGUGCGAAACCUGCAAGUCAAGGUUCUGGGGACACAAAUGUAUGUUGCCCCCUUUCCCAGCCUUUAUAAACUGCUCUGUUUCCAAAUUAUGUUAAUUCUUUUCUACCUUAUAAGUAGAGUAUCUUGUUCAUGUAUUACACAUUUAAUUCAUAUGGUUGCUAGGUUGAUUUGAUGGGGAAAUAAGUAGUCAAUAUGUGGUAGGGGAUGUGGGAGCACUUGUAUAAUUGGACUGGCCUUACUAGUGAAAGCUAUUCCAACCCAAUGGGAUCAUGUCUGAUGUCUUCCUCCU